UUCUCUCUCCUCCAUCACCGCUCAGAUUUCAGCCUUGUCCUGCAACUCCAGCCUAAACCACGGAAUUGAGGGUUUAUGAUUGGAAUUGUGAAUAUUGGAAAUUGGGUGGGAAAGGUGUGAUAUCGGGAGAAAUUGUGGCUGGGUUGAUUUUGUGUGGGUUAUGUUGAAUGGCGAUUGAAAAGAAUAGCUUUAAGGUUUCGAGAUUGGAUUCGGAGUUUUCGUCUCAUAGUAGGGAGACUAUGUCUAGUGAGGAAGACGAGUUUCAGAGGCGGAACUCAGUUAUCGAAUCGGCUGAUGAUGAUGAUGAUGAUGAUGAGUUCGAUGACUGUGAUUCUGGGGCAGGAUCAGAUGAUUUUGAUUUGUUGGAAUUAGGGGAAACUGGGGAAGAGUUUUGCCAGGUUGGGGAUCAAACUUGUAGCAUACCAUUUGAAUUGUACGAUCUUCAAUCCUUGAAUGAUGUGUUGUCUAUGGACGUGUGGAAUGAUAUUUUGUCCAAGGAGGAAAGAUUUAACCUUGCAAAGUACCUUCCGGAUUUGGACCAAGAGGCAUUUAUGCGGACAUUGAAAGAGCUCUUUACAGGGGAUAAUCUUCAUUUUGGGAAUCCUAUUGAUAAGUUAUUCGAAAUGUUGAAGGGAGGAUUAUGUGAACCGAGGGUUGCCCUUUAUAGGCAGGGUUUGAAGUUCUUUCAGAAGAGACAGCAUUAUCAUCUUUUGCGGAAGCAUCAGAACUCAAUGGUCACUAAUUUUUGCCAGAUAAGGGGUACUUGGCUUAACUGUAGGGGGUAUAGCAUCGAAGAGAAGCUUCGUGUGUUGAACAUAAUGAAGAGUCAGAAGAGUUUAAUGUAUGAGAAUAUGGAAGAGAUGGAGAGUGACUCUUCUGAAAGAGAAGAGUCAGCAGACGGAUUGUGGAGCAAAAAAAGAAUGAAGGAUCAGAAACUUGGGCAGAAAUUGGGUCGUUAUUCUGGAUAUGGGGCGAGUCCAGCUAGACAAAUGGCCAUGGAACCGGCAAAGUAUGCAAAGAAGAAUCCAAAAGGAACAUUGAAGUUGGCUGGAUCAAAGAUGUCUACUGCAGCAGGAUGCUUUCCUUCGGUUCAUCAGGGGAUGGAUAUGAGAUCAGGUGCUCGUGGUUCUGCAUUAACACUUUCCAUAGAGAAGAAGGCAUCAGGGUAUGAUUCUGGGGUCGCAGUUCGGGUGAGGGACCAGAUCAGAGGUUAUGAUGAUGCAGAAGAAACUAUGUAUGAAGUGGCUGUUGAGAGAGAUCGGAAUUUCUCACGAAUCAGUGCAACAGGUAAAUCUGGGGCUUUUAAAAUGGGGAAAAAACAUGAAGGUUUGAGAGGUGAAGAAUAUGUGGACGGCUUCAUUGGCAUGCCUAUGUCUUUGAAGAAUGAUUCACAUCCAUAUGGUAGAAAGAAGAAUGUGAAUCAGUUGUCAGAUAUCAGGAUGUUAACUUCAAAACCAUCUACUAUGAGAAUCAUUGAUGAUAAUGGUAAAAUGGUCAAUUACCCUACCAAUGUUUCGCUAGUUGCUGUUGAUGAUCAGAUGAAAUUUGUGAAAAACCAGGCUCCGAAUUUGUCUCUGAAAGGAAGUCAAAUUGAAUUAUACAACGGAACUGAACCACUUUGGCAUAACAAAACACAACGAGAGCAUUUCUCUGUUGACCCAUUAUCCAAAGUUAGCGAUGGGAAAGUUAAGAGCAAGAAGUGGAAGAUAGGGAGAGUGUCUCCUGAUCUACAAGUUAAUGAUAGGUUAUUUCAGUCUGAACAUAGGGCAAAGCCAUCACAGGAGAAGGUCGGGGCAACUUCUAUGCAGAAUGGAGGGCGAGACAUGGCAUCGGUGAAAGGUUUUAGAACGUUUGUUAAAAGCGAGGAAACAGAGUCAGACUCAUCUGAUCAAAUUGAUGAAGAUGAGGACGACAAUCCCUUGAUGAGGAGCAAAUUUGUUUUCCCCAGUGGUUUAUCAGCAAUGAAAUCUGGUCCUGAUUCUAAGAAGGCUAAAUUUGCUAAGAAAGAUAAAAGAGAUAAUACUCGGACUCUUGAUGGAUUAUCCCACUCCUCCAGAAAUCGGGGUGAUUUUGGAGAACACCUGCAUAUGGCAGAAGUAGAAAACUACUCUUUGAAAGCCAAGCAGAAGGGAAAGAUGUAUGAUAUGUACCCUGCAGAGAGAAGACAGAGACAGGAAGUUGGGCGUGAGUAUUCUGACCCUCCAUCAAACUAUUACCAUGAUUACAUUGCUGACGUGGAUGGCAUUUCCAUCAGAACUCAUCAAUUGGCAGGAAAUAAUGGAAUUGCUGGUAGAUUGGGGAAGAAAGGUCAAUUCAUUGAAGCGAAUGUGGAUGAUCAUUGUGAAAGAUCUGAUGCCCAUAUAUUAGGGUGCAACUCUGAGACCAAGAAGCGGAAACUGAAGGAUGAUGUGGCAUACAUGGAUGAGCGAG